CUACCGACUAACAACGACCAGCACAAUAACAACAAAAAACAUGGCGGCGCCCAUGACUACCCGCUCCUCUGGUAUUCUUUAUUUGUUCAGUAAAUAACAUUUGUUACAUUUUAACAGUGUUUCUCAAACGGGGUGUUAGACUCAGAAAAACGAGGUCAUCAUGUCCAGGCUGGCAGUAGUGUGUGGGGGUUCCAGAGGCAUUGGGAAAGCAGUGUCCCGCCUGCUGGCAGAAAGAGGCUGCAGGGUAGCCGUCGUCUCCAGGAACAAAGACGUCGCCCAGGCAACUGUGGCAUCUCUGCAUGGAGAUGAGCACCUUGCUUUUAGCUGUGACAUCUCUAAAGAACAGGAGGUGCAGAAAACUUUUGAAACGAUCCAGAAGACCUGUGGAAACAUCUCCUAUCUCGUGAACGCAGCCGGUAUCAACAGGGAUGGUCUGCUACUGAGGACCAAACCAGAGGACAUGGUGGCUCUGCUUCACACCAACCUGCUGGGCUCCAUGCUGACCUGCAGGGCAGCGCUGCGUAGCAUGCUGCACGGCCAAGGAGCAGCUAUCGUUAAUAUAGGCUCUGUUGUGGGGCUGAAAGGGAACUCUGGCCAGUGUGUCUACAGUGCCAGUAAAGCUGGUCUAGAGGGCUUCACUCGCUCCUUGGCUAAAGAAGUUGCUUCACGUAAUAUCAGGGUUAACCUCCUGGCUCCAGGUUUUAUCCACACUGACAUGACUGCAGGGAUGAGAGAGGAGGCUUUAAAGCGCUCCAUCCCUCUGGGGAGAUUUGGAGAGCCGGAGGAGGUAGCCCGGGCCGUCCUCUUCCUCCUGGAGUCCCCCUACAUUACAGGAGAGGCGCUGGUGGUGGACGGAGGGCUGCAGCUGGCCAUGUAGGGAGUAACAGCUUCCUCCAGAGCUACUGUUUUGAAUAUUCAGUGUCUUAUUUUAGGCGUUAAGUGUCACUCUACAUUAAGAAAUUUAUGACUGAUAACAAAAAGGAAAACUUUUGAACUUAAAGCCUUAAGUUAAAUCUAGAGCUCUGCCCAAACUAAGUUAAAAGUGAUACCUGGUAAGCUGCUGGAUUAUGAGAUGUGUAUUUAUUACUUGUAUCAGAUGGAUUGCUACUGCAAAAGCCUUCAGAUUAAAGCAAACAUAAUGUA